AAUGUUCAUAUUUUAGUUUCUCCCUUCCGUUCUCUUAGUUUUUUCAGUUUUUUUUUUGUUUUUUUUUUUAUGUUUUUGUUAUCGUAGUUUAUGUAGAGGCUAGCAUGCUAUCGGUUGUUUGUGUAUUUUGGUUUGUAUUAUUUGUUGAUUUUGGAUGUGGUUGGACUUUGAGAUCAAGCCGAUGGAAUAGCAGUUAUGAUAUUUCUUCCUGGUUUUAUACCUUCCGAGUUCUAACUACUACUUGCUUAGUUGCUUGCUGCAGUUUUUGACGUGGGUCUUCUUGUUGCAUGUUUUGCUUUCCUUGAAAAGAAAAAAUAAAUUUCUAUUUGGGGCAACUUUCUUUGACUCUAUGUUGUCCUUUCUGUUUCAUUUUUAUUGCAGUCCGAGUGCAUUUGUUCUAAAAUCUGUGAAUUUUCUUUUAUUCUGCCUCUACUAAUUGGACGAUGGUUGUAUCUUCACUCAAUUUGAUACAUCGGUUUCCAAGUUAUCUUCUUUGCGGAAUAUAGUCACAUGUUUAUUGUCUGGUUUCAUCUUUGUGGUGUUUGGCAGCCGUUCGGGAUGAGAUUACUUCAUUUUUCUUUUUCAUACAAUUUUAACCAAUAGAUUCUUCAUCUGAAAUGAUCCCCACGGUGGAAAGGGGAUUCUUCCUGGCUCCUGACGCAGAAAUCCUAAUGAUGGUGACUAACAUUGACUUGUUAUCGAGGCAGUUGAUGGAGCCUGGAAUUCGUAGCAAAUAUUCAAAUGAUUGAGGAAUGCACCUCUCGCCAGUCGUAUAUUGAAAUCCUAAGAGGCUAAGAAAAUGAUAGAAACAAUUUCAUGCACUUCCUAUUCAAGCAAGAAAGGCCUUUGAAGAGAUUAUUAUGGAUCUAGGAGAUUUCACAUCUUAAUUUCCAUACAUGCAAUGAAGAAAAGGACAAAAGAAAGAAAAACAUAACCAAGAAAGGUUCUGAUUAAAGUUGUAUCCAGUCGACAUCCCCUUGUGUUGUUAAUUGCCUAUUGUGGAGGAAUUCUGUUGGGUCACAGAUGCCAGCAUCAUCUCUGUCCAAGAGCUUGAUCUUGAAGAUGGAUGCUCAAUCUCAACAUUGUCAUAACAUAAAGAAACUAGGUCUUCAAUCACAAGAGCAGGAUUCAUCGUCAACUCAAUCAACUGGCCAAUCUCACCAUGAGGUGGAAGCUGUGGGGAGUGGCCAUAAUGGACAAUGCAUUUCGGAACAAUCUGGCUUGACAGAGAGUUAUGGAAAACAGGCUGGAGGUCAUAUAAAACCAGUUCUGUCACUGGGGACUCCUGAUUUGGUUGUACCUUCACAAAUUGAUUAUAGCCAAUCAGUAGCCUGCAUUCCAUACCCUUAUGCUGAACCAUAUUUGAGUGGAUACUUGACUGCUUAUGUACCACAGACUGUUAUUCACCCACAGAUGAUUGGGAUGGUACCUGCACGAAUCCCAUUGCCUCUUGGGCUUUCAGAGGAUGAACCCAUCUAUGUCAAUGCAAAGCAGUAUCGUGGAAUUCUCAGACGAAGACAGUCACGUGCCAAGCUUGAGGCCCAAAAUAAACUUGUCAAAAGUCGCAAGGCAUAUCUUCAUGAGUCUCGACAUCUUCAUGCACUCAAGAGGGCUCGGGGAUCUGGAGGACGCUUUCUCAACAUAAAGCAGCUCCAGGAGUCCAAGCCUACUGCCCCUGUGGGUGGCCAUGAUGUCUCAGACUCUGCUUCUCUACAACAGGGUGGAACUCAAUCGGAAUCUGAAGUUCAUCAGUCGGACACUGGGACUGCAGGUGGCUCUGCCCCAUACUGCUCUGAUGUCACAAGCGAUGAGAGCUGCCUGCAGUUCUCGGUCUAUCCUGCCCAGAGUGAGAUUGGUAGUAGCAUGCAGGGUGGAGUGGGCAUUAUGAGGAAUGGUUCACAAGUCCGGGUUCCUGUCAUGCGAUGAGGGAUGACGAUGAUGGCAACCACCAGAUCAGCUCAACUAGGGUGUUACCUUACCGUCUACAGUCUAAACUUGAUUGAUGAAAUUUCAUUAAUUGGUUGGGUAGGGCAACUAUGAAGCGGCUGACUGGUGUUCCAUUUGGCAAUUCAUCCUUGGCUUUGAUACUGGUAUAUGUUUGGUUCCGCUGGCGUUUAGAUAAACGUCAUUUAUUGCUUUAAAUGUUUAUUUGUGUUAUUUUAUUUUAAACAUUUAUUGCUUUUUUUUUGGUUGGACAUCAUUUUAAAUGAUUUUUGCUUUCUACCUCAGAUUAACACCCAUAAAAACAUGCCACAUCUAUAUUUUGUUCAUGUUUGUUGGCUAUCUUUGUUAUAUAAACAACUCCACAAGGAGCAGACACGGCAAUUGUUUUAGUGAAGGUAGUAACUACACCACACUCCUCUUUUAA